AUGACUGAAAAGAAGGUUAAUGAAAAUGAUAGUGAGAAGGUUAGUGAGAGGCAAGUUGAUAGAGUCACUGAAAGUGAGAGGGUCCAACUGUCGAAUCAGGUCAAUGAGGAAGAAAAUGAUGAUGAUUAUGCUCCUAGAGAUGGGGAGGAAACUGAAGAUAGCUUAAGUGAUAGAGAGUUAGCUGAUGAGGAUGAGGAAUACAUUUCAAGCCGUAGGGAUAUUAGAAUUGACAGAGAUACCUUUAAAGAUAUUGGAAGAUGCAUUGCCGAGGUAAAUGAUGAUGAGUGCAUGGAUGCUUUGACAACCAAAGCAAUUUGUGAGGGAUGGAAUCUGCAUUUUAGUAGGGUGGGUAGGGAAAGAUGUGAGGAGCCAUGCAAUCGGAGGUGCUAUGGCAGUGUGGUGCAGGCAAGGUAUGAUUUGAAUGCCUUUAGGAUGAGGCAGAAUUUUACAAUUGAUGAUUUGAGGGCUGAUAUUUGUGAGAGAUAUGGCAUAGAACCAAAGGCAAACAGAUUGUACAAAGCAAAAUCAAUUGCUUUGGAGACAUUAAGGGGUUUAGUGACUGCUCAUUAUGCCAAAUUGAGGAGUUACUUGGCUGAGAUGAUGGCCAGUGAUCCAGAGGGGAAAUUUGAGCUAUUAUGCAAUGAAGGAGCUAUCUUUAGAGGGUUAUACAUUGGUUUCAGCUCAUUGAUGAAAGGGUUCAAAGCUGGACGUAGACCAAUAAUAGGACUAGAUGGAUCUUUUUUGAAAACACAUCUAGGUGGGAUUUUGCUUUGCGCUAUAAGUAAAGAUGGUAAUAAUCAGAUGUAUCCAUUGUCAUGGGUUGUUGUGGAGGUGGAGAAUGAAGAAAAUUGGAAAUGGUUCAUUGAAAGACUGUUGGAGCAGUUGGGGACAAAACAAGGUGGAGGUUACACCUUCAUUUCUGACCAACAAAAGGGACUGACAAAAACAUUGGCAAAUCUAGCACCUAUGUUUGAGCAUAGGAAUUGUGCUAGACAUGCUUAUGCAAACUGGAACAAAAAACACAAGAGUAUUCAUUUGAAGAACAUGUUUUGGAGCUGUGUAAGAACCACAUAUGUGGAGGAGUGGCAGAUGGCAGUUGAUGAAAUGAGAAAGGUGAAUAAGCAAGCCUAUCUUGACUUCAUGGAGAGAGAACCAGCCAAAUUCUGUAAGGUUUUCAUUAGUACCCAAUGCAAAUGCUAUAUGGUUGAUAAUAACAUAAGUGAAACUUUUAAUGGGUAUAUUGUUAGGUCUAGAGGAAAGCAUGUUAUUACUAUGUGUGAGGAAAUUAGAUGCUCUGUGAUGGAGAGACAGUAUAAGAAACUUAGUGAGGUUUCUUUUGUCAAUGAUACUUUAUGCUUUAGGAUUAGGAAGACAGUAGAGGAGUUGAAGUUUAAGUGUAGGUAUUGUGAGGUUCAUCCUGCUGUUGGUGGCUUAUAUAAGGUUCAUCUUUAUGAUGAUAAGUUCAUUGUUAGUCUUGAGGAAAAUGUGUGUAGUUGUAGAUCAUGGGAGUUAAGUGGGAUCUCAUGUCUUCAUGCUACUGCUGCAAUCAUGUACAUGAAACAACAAGUGGAGGAAUAUGUGCAUGAUUAUUACAUCAUUGAGAGGUAUAAUAAAGCUUAUGAGCAUGGAAUCACAUCUUUAAGAGGUGAGAAAAUGUGGCCUCAUGCAGAAGGUUAG